UUGUGCGUGCGUGCGGUGCGGUGGUACGACGGCAGGCAAACGAACGAACGGAGGACCGAGGAACCCGAGUUUACCGAAAUAAUUUAAAUAAUAUUAAUUCCUACAAUAAUAAGUAUUGUUCAGUUCACAUCUGCAAAAAAUGUACCUAGCGUUGAUAUUUGUUUCAUAAUAUCGCCCAAAGCCUGACGUCCUGCAAACAGGCAAAAUGAGUAAUUGGGCUAGAAGGAUGCACCGACGAGCUGCUACAUUGAGCAAUGUGGUUACGUCUUGUGGGCAUCCCAACUCUUUGCCAUAUCCGAGGAGACUAGAAAAAGUCAAGUUCGGUGUUCCGCUACAUGAAGUUUGCAAGGAUGAUAUCCCUGGACCCUUGCUUGUGCUGAUAUUGAAGCUAAACAAAGAAGCGCCGUUGCGACGGGACGUGUUUCGCGCACCUGGUCACCAGGGUGCCAUGAAGAAGCUUAUACAUUUCCUUCAAACAGGUCGUCUGGUCAAUGUUGAUAAUUAUUCUGUAUAUACUAUUGCCAGUGUGCUCAAGAAGUUCCUCAGGAAAAUCCCGGGUGGUGUGUUCGGCCGAGAUGGAGAGAUGCAUCUGUUUACAGCCGUAGAGUUACCAGAGGAACAGCAAGUUGACGAAAUACGCAGACUGCUUCUGUCCCUGCCGGUGUGCACGCAAAGACUGCUGGUGUUGCUCUUCGGCACGUUUCGGGUGAUGGCAUCCAACGCUGAUAAAGCAGGUACAGGUAUGACAUCCGAAGCCCUGGGCGUGUCGGUGGCCCCAUCAUUUUUCCACUCUUGCGUGUCGGACGGCAAAACAGCCACAAUGGAGGACGUUCAGAGAUUCAAGGCUGAAGUUAGCGUGGCGACAAGGAUCAUGCGUCAGUUGAUCGAGCAGUUCAGUGCUGGCGACCUGUUUGGCCGGGAUAACUACGAGUACUACGCCCGGGUAACCGGCCGCAUCCUCCGGGUAAAGGACGAGUGGAUAUGUUCCUUCAGAGACCCGCCGCCGCCCCGGCAUCAUCGCGACCAGGAGGCUUAUGCUAGACAGUUGUCUUUGGAGGCUGAGAAAACGUGGUUGCAAUGCGAAUGCGACCGCUGGGGCAACAAAUUUAAUUUAGAAGUUGAUUGCCUCACAGGGUUGUCGAAGUCUGAGGAGUGCCAGUCGAUGCCGGCGCUGGCGGGCGGCGGGAGUGCGGGCGCGGCGGGCGGAGUGCUCGGCAUCAUCCCCGAGCACAGCCUGCUCGACUCCUGCACACGACUCUCCAUAUCUCUCGAAGAAAGCGUCUUUAAAGUAUCAGUGAGUUCGUCAUCUCAAUCAUCACGCAGUAACUCGAGUCCUCACAUGACUCUCGAGGAGUUGCGAGCCAUCAACAAAUACGCAGAGAGCACUAAAAGCCUCUCCUACCUACCCCAGGUGGCGGCGAGCGGCGCAGCUCGCGGCGCCGGUCUCGGCGCUCGCGCGUGUCGUGCCGCGCGCUCACACACUCCGACACUGAAAUCCCGCUCACUCUCCAGCCUCGUCAAGUGACCGCCUGACUCAAGCCCUGGACCGAACGCGACACUUUACUCAUUUGAUGUUCUCUCGAAAAACUUUAACUGAAACCAUAACUCUCAUUGUCUUCAAAAUUAAUUCUGACAUUUCGGUUCUAAAAACGAAAAUCUGAUGAUUGAUGACGAAUAUACAUUAUUUGAGAUCUUGGAGGAUAAUGAUUUGUUUAGGAAAAGUUAAAGUUUUUCAAAGAAACUCUACGAAUAAACACCUUGUGAAAUCUAAUGUCAACUACAAGUCGCGAUUGUUCGUUUGAUCUUUUGUCUGGCAAAGUUUUUAAACAAGAAAGGGUUGAAAAAGGUUAAGUUAGUUUUGUGCGAAAAGGACUUAAUGAAUCAAUCAAGUUCGUUGACAUUAGAUUUAAUAACUGAUGCAUUUGGUCCCGUGUAUUUUAAAAUAUCUGAAACAUUAUAUCAAGUCCUUGAAAUAUAGUAAGCAUACGAUAUUUGAAAUAUGUGCGUAGGGAGUAACAAAAUGUAAGUUCUAAUGUCAACGGGUAGAUAUUUUUAUAAAAACUCCUGAUGAUUGAUAUUAGAUACUGUGCUUGUGUUCUCGAAACGAUGUGAAGAGAAAUACAGGUGAGUACUCCAUUUACUUGUUACUCCAUGUACGAGUGUGUUAUCCAUACAACACGUGCUGAUACUGAUACAGAUGUACCUAAGUCAGACAUGUUUGAUUCAAUAACUCUAUGAAAUCGUGUCACUGCCAACCCUAUAUGGCAAUUAUGUAAUACGGACGUACAUCAAAAACCGUAAGGAAUUGUUAUAAAAAUAUUAAGACUAGAGGUACCCAGUAGUUAGAAGAGUUGUCAGUCAGUAUUAUCUGAGGCUCGCCACCUCUAGCUAGGGUAGUACGGCGCGCGACCGAGACCCGGCGCGAUACUUUUUUCUAAUAUAAAUAAUUUCGUGGAGUCAUGUGGGUGUUGUGCUGAUUUACUAAAUAAAUAUAUGUGAUAGAACGUAGUUUGUGCGAUUACGAAGUUUGUACAUUUUUAUAGCUGAUGUUGUACGCUUUAGGCCGUCAUUUGUCAUUUGUAUGUCGUUAACGAAAUUCAUUGUAAUGUCACGUCAUUUUUCGAAUUCUAUAUUCGAUUGAAUUAAAUGUCAACCUAAAAUUAUUAUGCUCUCUAUUUUAUAAAAAUGUUAUUGAUGUUCGUGGCUAAAAUUUAUUAUACGAAUAUUCAUGGAGUUUAACGUGGAAAUUGUUCAUAUUGUGUAUCUAAAUUAUAAAACUACGUUCGCCGUGAAACAUCACACAUUACAUUGUACACAGAUCAAAUGUUUAUACGAGACGUGAUUAUAGAAACAUCUUUCCUGUGCCAUUUAAAAUGUACCUUCAGAAAACUUUAUUGUAUUAACGAAAUGAUCAUAGUAGUGGCGUAACUACAGGGUGGCAAGUCGGCAAUGUGACUGGCCCCCAGCUGCAAGGAGUUUUCAUCUGAACUUCUAUGUUUUUCAUUGGGAACAGGCCCAUACAAUGAAUUUGCCACGGCCCCCGAAAGAUAUAGUUACGCCCCUGGAUCACAGCUUAGUAUUUGGAGGCAAAAGUGUGUUGGCAAUGUCAAAUUAAUAUUACUAAACAUUCCUGAAUAUAAAUAGUAGCUAGUAUAAUUCUUAUUUACCUAAAUUAAAACUUUUCGGUUAAAAUUUCACGGUACUAAUGUUAACAAACUACAUUAUUUACUUUCAAUUUGCAUUUCUUUCUACCUCAGUUACACUUAAAUACUUCAGUAUAACGAUUGCGCGAUAUAGAUAGUAAAUACUGCAUCCCAGACAUGCCAAAAUUAUGAUUGGCUCUACGAAAACUGAAUACAGGUGUCUGCCAAAUUUGAGCCAGAUAGAAAAGACUGAGCUAUGUAUAGAAAUUUAUCUUUCCUAACGAACAAAUACAAUUGGAAACUACACAAGAUAGUUGUCAUACAGUCACCUGCACACAUUGCAAUUAUAAUGUUGUCUAUUAUUGAAUAGUACAAAAUGACAUAUUAUACAGUUGUCGAAUUUUUGAAUAAUGGUUGUUUUGUAACUCUCUGUAAAUAUCUACAAUUGGAUCUUAAUAAAUUAACAUAGGUGCUAGUUUGUUCAGAGAUGUCUUAUGAGAAAAUUCAUUUAGUUAUAUACUUAUGUUGACAUUUAAAUAUAUUAUUAUAUAAUUAUCUCCCUUACAUCAUAAUUAUUUUCACAUUAAUUAUAGGUCACUAUUAAAAUGUAAUGUUAUAAUUUGAUAAGACUCGCAAUGGAUCAAAUGUUUUUGUUAAAAAUUAUUGUAUAUACUUGUGUCAUUGUAUGCACAUGAUUCGCACAUUAUUUUUUAUAAAAUGUACCUUUUAUUUGUAAGAUUGUAUUUAAGACUGUUUUAGGUUAAAUAGUUUCAAUGCAGGUCGAAAGCAGUUUUCGUUAUGUUAUGUAAUUGAUAUAUAAUCGUACACAAGUGUCCGGGUUUAGUGCCUGUUUGCUACUGUAGAUGUUUGUGUAUCGAAGGCAGCUCAAAGUAAUUUUAUAUUCGUUGUGUAAUUACGUAUUAAUAAGUAUUAGCGCUCGUCUAGUGGUAACAUCGCUGCUACGCUACAUCACGGCCAUAUUAAGAAGUACUUUUUGUUGUUCGUUUUCUUUUGUCAUCUUUACAUUUUGAUACCUUAAUGAGGUAUUUUGUGUCAACGAUAGUAUUCCCUAUAUUGGCAUCGUUUGCCGACAUCCAAUGCUGUAUACGAACAUGUUACUGGUUUUCAAAUGAUAGAGCAAUGGCGGCCACUAUCGUCUAGUGGUCCCGUAGUUGCCAAAUAGUAAACAGAAGCUAUAUAUUAUAACCCGGCUUGCAUUUUUGGAUUUGCACGUCCAAGUUCCUGUGUUCAUUGAUUAGCGUUAGGAGAAUAAACGAAUGUCGUAGUUUAAUGUAUAGACUUUGAGAUCAAGAGACUUGUUGUUGUUGCAAUCACAACACAGAUGGCGGUGCCGUCAAACGGGACCUGCCCCCUUGUGAUAGCAAUAACGACAAACGAAAUUUUUGUAAAUUAUAUACGUUAGCUUAUAUUUUUUCGUCUUCAUUCAAGUGCGUCCUAUAUUGUUUAUGUAAAUUAACAUUUUUUUAAAGUUAUAACAUUAAAAUAAUACUAGUAACAUUUUUGUAUUGUACAUUAAUUUAAGUUGCUCUAAAGUUUAGAUAGUAUAUUAUUUUUGACUUUAUAAGACUGUUUAUAUGUUAUAAUUUAUUACUAACCCUCGAAUACAUUGUCUUAUCAUUCCACCGACUUAAUAUAACGACACCAGUUGCAUUUGAGUAUUAUUUUUCUGUCAUUAAUUUAUAACAGAUCUCGGAGCUUUAACAAAAUUAUUAAAGUGUUGCUAGCGAUUUAUAAAUUUAUAAGUGAUUAAUAUUAUUUUAUUAGGAGAAUACAAUUUUCUUGUGAGCGCGUGCAAUGCUGGCCUAUGCCUAUAGGCUACGCUAACAUAUUAUUGUUAUGUUCGAGUGUAAUUACGGGAAUAAAUUUAAUUCCUUUAGUAUUAUUGUAUUACGGUAUUUGCUUAUGUAAAUUCAGUUUGUAUUUUCACAUUAUAUUUGCACAUUUUUUCUACACAAAUUAUAAAGAAUUACACAUGAAUAAAAAUAUAACAAUUUA